CAUGCUUGUGUGACUAUAUUGACAUUGAGAAUAAUGUUGGUAUAGUUAAAAACGAACAUAACUUACUAAAUAAUCGUAGUUUUCAAUGAUGAAACAAGUUGAACAUUAAAAUGAGUAAUAUUAUUUCUACCACCUUAUUUUUCCUUACAGAGAAAAAUGGUAUCUAUAAGCACGUUCGCUCUGUCAAUUGUGAUUUGAAUAAACUUUAUGAAGAAUUUUUUCAUUUAAUUUCUAAAAGAGAUCUAAUUCAAUGCAUUCGAAUGCUAAGGAAGAUAGACGAUACUCAUACAUUUUUAAACCAGCUAACUUUUAUUUGUGACUCAAAAUGUUGUAAUACAAAUUGUAUAGCCUUAAAUCUAUGCCAUUUGGCUGUUUUAAAUGACUGUAAAGAGAUCCUUGAAGAAUUACUCAGACAUGGAGGUGAUUUGAGUCGUAAAACUGUUGGAGUCACAAUAUCAGAAAAUCAGAAAUAUUUUCUUGAAAAGGAUUCGGUAAUCGAUCUUAUAAUUCGACGUUUCAAUGAACCUGUUGAGUAUUUCAAGGAUUUAUUUGAUAAAUAUAUUGAAAAUUCAGAACUUGGUAGUUCUUAUGAAUUUAAAUUUGAUUUUUCCAUUUUAUGUCCAUCUUCUGGCACCAAAAAGGAUUAUCCUGGAAAAUAUGAUCAUCAAAUGUGUGUUCUAAAUCAAAUUGUAAAUUCUUUUAAUGGUGUUUACAGUCCUGAGUGUAUUUUUUUGCAACAUCCGCUGAUUGAAGUGUUUUUGACUUGUAAAUGGCGACAUUACCGAAGAUUCUUUUACAUUUUGGUAGCAAUGCAUGUUUUGUUUGUGGUAUUUCUAUCAGCUACUGCUACAUUGAUUGUCAGGAAUUAUGAAAAGUUAUCUGAGAUUCAGGAAACCGUAGCAACAAACACAUAUUUGGACGUUGAAAUAGCUCAGAUUUUGCCUUUAUUAAAAACCCUUAACAUUUUACUAGUUUUUGUUGGUUUUCAACUUUUUUGUCAUGCAAUAAUCCAGGCUUGUUUUAUACCACUACGAAAACUUAUUUAUGAAUUUGAAAUCUUAUCGAAUCUUUUGACUUCAACUUUUGCGUUAAUCAACUGUAUUUACGGGUUUAUUCAACCUCUGAUUUGGCAACUUAAAAAUCAAUUUCAACUAAUCUACUCGCUAAAUAGUUUGAUUAUUUUACCAGCAUGGAUUAAUUUGAUGUUAAUAAUUGGACGGAUACCGAGUCUUGGAUGUUAUAGUCUUAUGUUUACAACUGUUUUGAAAAACUUUCUGAAGGUGAUGAUGUCCUUUAUAUUUCUGAUAGUUGGAUUUGCUAUGAGUUUUUCUCUCAUCUUUCCCAUGUCAGAAUAUUUCAAUAGUCCUUUGAGAGCAAUAUUAAGAACUACUGUAAUGAUGAUGGGAGAAUUUGAAUAUUCACAAAUGUUUUCACAAAAUACAGCUGGAACAUCAAAAUUUAUUUUUGUUUUAUUUGUUGUUUCAUGUAGUAUAAUUUUGAUGAACCUUACUCAAGGCAUAGCUGUAAAGGACAUACAAAUUCUUCAUGAAAUCAGCCAAACGAUACGCUUGGAAAAGGAAACUCGAUUUUUAUAUGAGUUUGAAGCUAUUUUCACCCAAAAAAUCAUGACCUCAAACCGUAUUUUAAGAAAAAUCAAAAACCGAUUGUAUGACUCAGGUGCUAUUGAUACCAUUCUUACUAUAUCAAAAAAGAACCGACGACAUAUUAUUUCUAACGAUUUAUUUUCCAAGUUGAUUCAACGUUAUAAGCCCACAAAAACAAUAUGGAGUCGAAAACUUUCAUAUCCCAAAUUUUAUUUUAAGUGCUUACCAAAUCGAUUUGAUGUGUUGUAAAUAAGUUUCUUAAAAUAUAAACGACCAAAACGAAGAUUUUUACUGUAAGAAGCUUUGUGAGGGAUUGUGAAUUGGUGGACACUAUUUUGCUGGAAAUUAUAUUACAAAAUCUAUUGACGUUCCUGACUUUAUAGUAAACGUUAAUUUAAAUAAUAUUUAAAUUUAAGGUCUAAAACCAAGCUAAAUUACGAAGAAAAAAAAAAUGUAUAUCUUUUCUUUAUAUUAAUUCAAACAAUAAAUAUCAAACCCAACAUAAGCUCAGUAAAUUGAGAUUUGUGAC